GUCGGCAAAGGGAGGCGGGUGCCGCCGCCCUUGGUUUCCUAAUGACGUCGGCAGCCACCUCCCAGCAGGUACCUAGGUAUCUGUUGUAUGGUAGAAACAGCUAUAACAAAGAGUGAUAGCUCCCAGUUUUCACCAGCGUCAACCGUUCCCAUCCCUCAGCUUCGUCGACUUUGUGAACUCAUUGCUGUUGUCUUCCUUAUUUAGCCACGAUUUACAUCCGUAUUCCGAAGCCCUCAGUAUACCACACUUACGUGCCCGCAUUCUUCUUCCCUCGAAUAUGUCAGGAUACUCUAGUGUUGGCCAAAGCGCAGUCUACGAAGAUGGCGACCAGAGGAACCUCAAGAAGUCUGAGGUUCCGGGCCGCCCGAGAUAUGAAGAGGGUGUCGAACACUCCCACCUUCCUAACGACUCCAAAGACCAAAGAUCGAUUGCAAACCGCUUGGGUAACGAAGAGCGAAAAUUGAGCCGUAAAGAGUAUGAAGACCCGGAGACCCGUGCCGCAAAGAAGGACCCGACUCUACCAGCCACGCUGCACGGUAAUGAACCAUCGAAGGGUGCUAAGGUCGACGCUGAGUUGCAGGCUGAGGAAGAAGAAUACCUCAAGAAGAAAGGCAAAUAAUCCAAUGUAUCUUCCAUUUUUGGGGGCAACCAAUGCUCAGAUAUAACGGCGAGAGGCCUCCAUACGAAUAACGAAUAGUGGCGGGAAAACGAAAUGGGAUUAGGUACCCUUUUUUAAUCUGGUGGAAAUAGAUCUAUGGAGAUGCAAUCGCAGAGCAAGCCAAGUUCUAAUAU